UAGCCUAGCCUGCUGUAGCGCUUGGAUAGGCUACACUUUUUGACACUGUCAAUGGCAACAAUAUUGAUGUAUCGAAUUGUAUGAUCAGCGGGAACAGCCUUCCUGUUAACAAUCAUCACUUCAACACAAGGAGGUCUACACUGUAUCGUUGCUUCAACAUGAACAUCUGAUUUAGGCAGGAGCUGUGGGACCUAAAUGACCUUAAAAUGCUUCGUUCAGUGACAGAGAUUCCUGCCAAAUUCAGAAGUGUUUUCAACCAGUUCCCUUAUUUCAAUAACGUGCAGUCAAAAGCCUUGGAUGAUAUCUUAUACACCAAUAAGAAUUUUGUCGUCUCGGCCCCCACGGGUUCUGGGAAAACUGUUAUUUUUGAGCUAGCCAUCAUCCGCUUGCUCAUGGAAUCUGCUGAACCAUGGCAGAAUGUGAAAGUGGUUUACAUGGCACCUAUUAAAGCUCUGUGCAGUCAGCAGUUUGAAAAUUGGAAGCAAAAGUUUGGAAGUUUAGGACUGAAUUGCAAAGAGUUAACUGGAGACACAGAAGUGGACGACGUCUUUGAGAUUAAGAAUUCACAUAUAAUCCUGACAACACCGGAAAAAUGGGACAGCAUGACAAGAAAGUGGAAAGACAGCUUCAUUCUGCACAUGAUACAGCUGUUUCUCAUCGAUGAGGUACAUGUGCUCAAAGACACUCAGCGCGGGGCCACGUUAGAAGCGGUCAUCAGCCGGAUGAAGACCAUGAACAUUUCUGCCUUUGAAGAUGAAAGCCAAAGCACCCAGACCAGAUUUGUGGCCGUCUCUGCAACCAUCCCAAACGUUUCAGAUAUCGCGUGUUGGCUGUCUGACCAUGAGGGGCCUGCAGCCUGUCUGAAGAUGGAUGAGAGCCACAGGCCAGUUCAGCUGAGGAAAGUGGUGUUGGGCUUUCCUUGCUCCACCAAUCAAACAGAAUUCAAGUUCGACCUGUCCCUGAACUACAAGAUGGCCAACAUUAUUCAGACGUAUUCGGACCAGAAGCCAUCGCUUGUGUUUUGCUCUACAAGAAAGGGGGUUCAACAAUCAGCAGAUGUACUUGCUAAGGAUGCCAGGUUCAUCAUGACUGUUGAUCAUAAACUAAGGUUAACGAAAUACGCUGAUUCUCUGAUGGACUCAAAGCUAAGAGAUUUAGUCAUGCAUGGUGUCGCAUACCAUCAUGCAGGCGUUGAUGCAUCAGACAGGAAAGUCAUUGAGGAGGCUUUUACCAAAGGAGACUUACCUGUACUCUUUACCACAAGCACGUUAGCGAUGGGGGUGAACCUCCCUGCUCAUCUUGUGGUGAUCAAGUCCACGGCACACUACGUGCAGGGCGCCUGUGAGGACUACAGUGAGGCGGACAUCCUCCAGAUGAUUGGCCGAGCAGGCAGGCCACAGUUUGAUACGUCUGCAACUGCCGUGAUCAUGACAAAGUCACAAACAAAAGACAAAUACUCCAGAUUUUUAAGUGGAGCAGAGACCAUUGAGAGCAGUUUGCAUUCAAACUUGCUGGAGCAUCUGAACGCUGAGAUCGUUCUCCACACUAUCAGUGAUGUGAACAUGGCACUGGACUGGAUACGCUCUACGUUCCUCUACAUCCGGGCCAUGAAAAACCCAAAGCAUUAUGGAUUUCCUUCCGAACUCAACAAAAUGGAUAUUGAGGCCAGAUUGCAAGAUCUGUGUUUGAAAAAUUUGAAGGCCCUGUCAGAUACAGGUCUCAUUACCAUGGAUGAAGAUAUAAAUAUCAAAUCAACAGAAAAGGGAAGACUGAUGACAAGAUACAGUGUGGCCUAUGACACCAUUCAACUGUUCACAAGCGUAUCUGGUUUGGAAAGUCUGACUGAUUUGGUUUCCAUGAUUUCCAAAAGUCAGGAAUUUCGUGAUAUACAGCUGAGGGUGAAUGAGAAACGAACGCUGAACACACUGAACAAAGACAAGCACAGGACUACCAUACGGUUUCCUAUGGAAGGCAAGAUUAAAAACACUGAAAUGAAAGUGAGCUGCCUGAUUCAGGCUCAACUAGGAUGCUUGUCGGUGCAAGACUUUGGACUCUCACAAGAUACGGGAAAAAUAUUCAAAAAUGGUGUCAGAGUGAGCAAAUGUCUUGCAGAGUUUCUGAGUCACCAUCCCAGAAAUAACUUUUCCGCGCUCAUGAACGCAGUGACACUGGCAAAGUGUUUUCGAGCAAAGUUAUGGGAAAACUCUCCUUACAUCGCAAGGCAGCUGGAUAAAAUUGGAGUUCACCUGGCAACAGCCAUGGUGAAUGCAGGAUUGACAACAUUUGGAAAAAUUGAACAGACUAAUGCCAGAGAGUUGGAACUGAUUGUAAACAGACAUCCACCGUUUGGGAACCAGAUCAGAGAAAGUGUUCUCGCACUGCCCAAGUAUGAACUUCACCUGGAGCAGCUGCCGGUAUACAGCAACGCUGGAGCAGACGUUUCAGUCACUGUGAGCAUGACGAACUUUGGUCAGAUGAGUGCCAACAACGCCUCCAUGGGUGGACAUCACGUCAACCUAAUCAUAGGAGACUGUGACAACAAUGUGGUCUUCUACCAAACACUCUUUGAUUCAGCGUUUUUGAAGUCAGGGACUUGGUCCAGGAAGAUUUCCAUUACAAGGGCAGCCAAAGGAGAUGACAUCAGCAUGAGUUUAAUCAGCUCUAAAUAUGUGGGAUUAGACAUUCAUCAGAAAUUCACUACCUUUUACUCUGGGAAGCCAUUUGGAGAUGAAAACUGUGGCCAAGAGGUUGAGGUCGCGGCCGUGUCUUGGAAGGGAAGCAGCAAUGUGAAUGUGAACAAGUCAAAUUCAGCUGCCGUCAGUAAAAAGCCAAUUGGACAGGCCACAGCUCGCACCAAGAAAGGGAACAGCACCAACCCUUCAGAUGAAGCCAAAGCUGGUGCGCAGGUGGGACUGAAGAGGACAGAGAGACCAGCAUCACAUUUUUCAUCUUACCUCAGAGAACUUGUGAGCAGAAACGAGUCACUCAUGGAAACACCGGUGAAACGAUUAAAGAUGCGAAUGAACCUUGGGAAUGACACAGCAAGAGCAGGACAGUGCAUCCCACCUGAUGUCUCAAGAUCUGACCAGAAACACUCUGAUAUGGCAUCCCCUAUUUUUGACUUCUCUGAUGGCACCCAUGCAGGAAGAAAUAUUUUUCAUCCUGAACUUUAUCAAAUUCAUCAAACAUCAGAAAGUCCUCCAACAGGAAUCACAAAAGGCAACUUUGUAAACAUGACACCGCGAUCUGACCGAAGGCCUGGAUACUCUGCAAUGGCGUCUCCUUUUGCUGACCUCUCUGAUGGACUCUAUACAGGAAGAAAUAUUUUUCACCCUGGACAUUACCAAAGCCAGGGCCAGACACCAGGGCAUCCCACUACAGGAACGGCAAAUGGCAUCUUUGGAAACACAAGACCACGUGCUGCACCGGUCAAGGCAUGGCAGCAUCAAUCCACUGAGUGUGAAGAAAGAUACUCUGAAGAUAUCCUGCCUCUGACAAGUCCAAUGAAUCGAAUGGGAAAUGUCAGCCAAACCACCCCAAAGAAUAUCUUGAACAAGAUCACUGAACAAAGAAGCAGUGCAAGCUUUCCAGGAGCAGUUGGCCACAUCGAAUCUGAGGAUUUUGGUGGAAUAUUCGAUGGACUCUUUUGAUAGGUUCAAGAGUUGUAUUAUUGAUUUAUGGAACUUUAUGUUUGGGCUGUUGUUAGUUCCUUGAAGAUGUAGUCUGUAUGGAUGCUUUUAAAAAGUAUGCUCCUCAAAAUGUUGAUACAAUUGUUAAAUGUUUAAGUUUGAUAGGCAACUGUAAAAACUGGCUUUGGUGGUAUAUGUAUUGAAAGGUGACGCGAAUUUGUAUUUUCAUAUUUUUGUUUUUCCUUUACGUCUUCCCAGCUUGGGAAGAUCUUGUGCAUAUAUUUUUUGUACAUACGUCUGUAGAGUUGUUUGUACAUCAACUCAAUUUUGUGCUUGGAUGUGCACCGCCAUUAACAUGUACAGAUGAGAUUUUGUACAUAGUCGGUCAUGAGUUGUACGUACAUCAAUUCUAUUUUGUAGUGGUUCAUCACCAAAAUAAAAAUUCGCACAACACAUCUGGGUCCUUGUCAAGCUUUUGGUGGCCAAUAAUGCCUCUUCUUUGGUAGACCUCUACCUCUAGUUUCACUUAAAAACAAAAAAAACACGAAUUUAGGGAUUUUGAUGGAUGUUAAUUUAAGUUUCAUUUCACAUAACCAGUUUCAAUAGUCACCAUG